AUGCUCAUACAGUCUGUCGCCGUCUCUGCGCUCCUCACGCUCCCCUCCCACCCCGAACUCUUGUUCAACCUCGUCACGCUCCCGCUGCUCAUCCAGCUCGCAGCCGCAACCACCACUGUCCGAUUCCUCAAGCACUCGCUCCCGAUCCUGGCUGCAGCGUCCACCCUCCGGUCUUUACCGACCAUCCAUGGCCUGCUCCCAUCCACGACCCAGGCAAUCCUGAUCCAAGCACUCUUCUCCCUUGUCCUCGCCACCUUCAUAUCGCUCCCCGUGGUCACGUUCACCAUCAUAAGGCGGUCGUCGCGCCUGGCUUUGUUUGGGGGAUGGCGGGAAGCCACGAGCUUUGGCCUCGUGUGGGCUGGGGCGUGGUGGGUGUGGGAGGGAUUGUCGCCUUUGGGACGAUACGGUAUGCCGAGUCCACUCGUUGAAUGCCCACCGGCUGCCUUGCUUGUGCGCGUUGCGGGGCCGACGGGUGUGGACAUUGUUCUCGGGACGGUGUCGUAUGCACUCGUCCAAGUCGGUCGUAGCGCCGCGGCAUACUCUGGAGCGGUGCUCCCCACCGUAACGGCCCGCGCGCCUACACCACUCAUCGUUCUGGAAGACGAAGUCGAGCAGGCGGAACCCCCAGUGACCAAGGCGGUGGUUACCCGCGGCAUCAGCUCAUCCAUCACCCGAGCCUCCAAAGUCGCGGCCGUCUCGGUCCUCGCAUUCUCCACACUCGCUUGGAUUCCAGCGCCACUCUCCCUGUCCUCGCCCAUGAGCGAGAUCACCCCCCUCUCAAUCGGGUGCGUCCUCGGCCCGACCCACGCACACGACGUCGACACCUUAGUCCGUGAGAGCAAGCGGCUGGGCGGACACGAUCGGAUCGUUGUAUGGCCCGAGUCUGCGCUCCAGGUCGAGGGCAAAGCGCAACGUACCCAGGUACUCGAGACCGUCACCGCGCAGCUUGGGAGGCAGUACGGCACACUCGUGGCGGUGGGCAUGGAGAGCAGGUCACAGGAGAGCAGGUUGAACGAGAUGGUUCUGGUUGGUCGCGAUGGUGUGAUGGGAGAGUAUUCCAAGCAGCGCUUGUUCCCUAUUGUCGAGUCCUACGCACUUGACCGGCACCGUCAGUCUCCUCCCGUAUGGUCAUUACCACUCCCUCGACCCAGCACCAUUCCCAACCGCGACUGGGCCGCGCGCAACAUCACCGUCUCCCCGCUCAUCUGCCUGGACACCUUCCACCCGUCGCUCCUGCACUCCCAGACCGCGUCAGCCACGCCAUCGCUCCUCAUUGUGCCCGCCGCAUUCCCCUCGCUCGAUAUCGGCAUCAACGCGCUCACCCAGAUCCGCACGCUGGCCAUCAGCCAUGCCACGCCAGCGUUCGUCUGCUCCGUGCCUGCACGCAACCCUCAAGCAGCGUUCGCGGCUUACAUUGACGAAUGGGGCCGCGUUAUGCACUUUCAAGCUGGCGGGACGGCCAUGUCCACGGUAAUCCCUGUGCGGUACUAUGGUGAAGGAAGGGGAAGGUCGCGCACGACGUGGGAGUAUCUCGGGUCGUCGGGCGUGGGUGGUAUCGUGGCGGCCAUACUGGUCUCGGGCCAUGUUGUUCAGACCGGAACGAGAUUGCUGAGGGGCCGCGAAGUACCCCCGGCGCUUGUUACCGUUGGAGAGAGAGUGAGGGGUCUCGUAGGCUGGCAUGACACCGAGGUGGCGCGUACCCCCAUCGACGCCGAGACUCUCAUAUAG